AUGGCUGGCCAUACCGAGGCUGGAAGGGACUCCACUGGGUCCGACUCCCUUCCUGGAGACAAAGGAGUCACUCAACACAUCGAGCAGAUCCAAACAAGAGAUUCUGAGCACGGCCAUGCUGGCUACCUUGGGAAAGAUGGUCUUCGUACCGACAACGAUGAUCAGGAUAUUGGAGGCGCCGAUCGUUGGAUCUGGCUCGUCUUAGCAAAUCUGUUGUCCCUGGCGGCAGUCUGUCCCUUCGUCGGCUCGCUUAGCGAUAUCUUCGGUCGAAGAUACGUCGCCAUUGUCGGCGCAGCCUUCAUAGUGGUUGGCAUGAUCAUCUGCUCCACUGCUCACACCAUGAAUGUCUUCAUCGGCGGCAUGGUCUUCGCAGGCAUUGGUGCUGGUAUUAACGAGCUUACUGCCCUGGCUGCCACAAGUGAGCUUGCUCCUACCGCAAAGAGGGGCAAAGUCAACUCUCAGGGCCUCUCAAAAGCAGAGAUCCUCAAGCAAGUCGACUACGUUGGCGGCCUUCUCAGCGUUAGCGGUAUGAUUCUGUUCAUGGCUGGUUUGCGAGUCAUACUCCUCAUCGCCUUUGGCGUCUGGGAAGCUUACGGUGCCAAAUACCCGAUCAAUGUCUACGGUCAUGAUCCAGUAGGAGUAGGUAUUCGAGGACUCCCGGUCGGUUUCUCCAUCCUGGCAGGCGCUUGCAUCGUUCUCUGGCUUCUCUCGGUAUUCCGUGGGCACAACAAGGUCUUGAUGAUCGUUUCUUCGGUUCUCAUGACAGCUGGCUGUGGAGCCCUGUCGGUCGCUCGUGUGGACAACCUGGGUCAACUCUGGGGAAUCCUUGUGGUCGCAGGACUCGGCAUUGGCGGCAUCGUUGUACCUGCCUCAAUCAUCACUACAAUCAUCUGUCCAGACGACCUUAUUGCUACUGUGGCAGCAUUGACUCUAGCGAUUCGCGUGAUCGGUGGGUCUAUCGGUUAUACCGUUUAUUAUAAUGUUUUUAUAAACAAGUUCGUGCCUUCGGCCACGCACUACAUCGGCGGAACGAUGAUCUUCAAGUUGAACAUCACGAGCCCAGCCGUCAUCAAAGCGGCAAUCGAACUCACAGGCGCGAGUCUGCUGACAGAACUGGAAACACUUCCAGGCAUCAAGGGUGUUCCUGGAGCAUACGAGAUGGUUGUGAUUGCCGGACGCUUGGCAUACGCAGAAGCAUACAAGUAUGUAUACUACGUGUCGAUUGCUUUCGGAGCCGUGUCCAUCAUCGCAGCCUGCUUCCUGGGGGAUAUCAACAACCUCGACACUGGCCCGCUGGUCACCUUCGUAGCAUUCUCGCUCCUCUCGUGCCCGCCCAAUUACCUCUGGCAGUCCUGGAUGGAGUCCACCUUCCCCGGCUACACCUCGCCCGAUGACGCCGGAACCGUAGCAAGCAUCGCUCAACAGCCUCAAGUCAGGAGCGCCCUCGAUGCCGCCGCCCCAACCCUGCAACGCAUCGAAGAGACGGCAAGCCCGGUUUUGCAGAAGGCUUCGGCAGCCACUACCGCUCUCGCGGACAGUGACGCUGUCAAGAAUGCCAGACGCCGCGCUAGCGAAGGCAUCGACACAGUCAAGGCGAAGGCAAAGGAGCUCGAGGCUCGCGCUGGCAUCAACCAGUCACCCAUGAUCAAACCUCCCACUCGCUCCCAGACCUUCAGCACUCCUGAUGGCCAAGCUGUCGACAAGAAUGUUGAUGCCACCUUUGCUCAGCCUCCUGCUUCUCCAAAUCCCAAGGCUUUGAGCAUCAAAAACACUGCCAUCAAAUUCGCUCUGGACCAGACUUUCGGAGCCGCUGUCAACAAUGCCUUGUUCAUCGUCGGCAUUGCUUUCCUGAAGGGCCAGUCUGUCAAAACUGCUUUCUCUGCACUGCAGACUAAGCUCUGGCCUCUUGUUUCCAUCAUCAGCUUCACCCUUGUUCCUUUCGAACACCGUACGGUUUUCGGUGGCGUCAUUGGUGUUGGUUGGGGCGUGUUCCUGAGUCUCAUGGCUAAUGGCAAGUAG